GAACCGAACGUGAAGCCCCUCUCAGCUUCGAAAAUCAUCAUCAACGCGUCGCAUUCAUCACUGUUCAUCGUCACGAAACCGUACUCGGUCACUGACUAAUUUGAGGAGUGCGCCAAAGACCGGCCACCCACUCUUCGUCCCCUCCUUUGGCCACCUCACCUCAACUGCGUAUCUCCAGUCACUUCACCAGGAGUAUUUCCAUCACAGGACGGCGCCAAGUUCAUCCAUACAUACAAGGCUGAACCCCAUUCCCGCCAAUCGAUCCCCAGCAACGUUAGAUUGAAUAUUGUUGAUGUCCUAUAAAGACGCAAUCUGAUUGCCUUGACUGAGGUUUCCCGAAGUCAACGGUCCCUACCCCCUUCACCAUGGCUUCGGUCCAGUCUGCGCCAAAUAUGCAGUCGCACGGCACCGCUCUCCCUCAGAACCUUUCGCAAGCCCAAGUCCAAGAGGUGUACCAGAAAUUUCAGCGCAUGAAGGCCCAAAAUGUCCCCGAAAAUGAUCCUGAGUACCUCAAAGCCCACCGCUUCCUUACCGCUGUUCAGCAACAACAGAACUAUCGAAAGAUGGCGGCAAUGCAGCAGGCGCAAAAACAACAGCAACUUCAAGCCCGGCAACAACAGGGUCAGCAAAAUGGACAGCAAACAAAUGGCAAUUCAAAUGUGGCACCGAUGAAUGGCACUGCCAAUGUCCCGACAUCUAACGCUAGUCAACCAGUCAAUGGUGCUUCCUCAACACCUACUCAGCCUGCGACUACAUCCAAUAGUGCUCAAACAGCGGCAACGCAAGCCCAACGCGUUGCAGCUCAGAUGAAUGGCACAUUUUCUCCUGAGCAGCUGAACCUCUUGCGAACACAGAUUUACGCAUUUAAGAUGCUAUCGAAAAACAUGCCGCUUCCUCCAAAGCUUCAACAGCAGUUGUUUCCGGCUCAUAAACCACAGCAACAACAACAACCCAACCUAUCCGAUAGUGGCUCAACCAAUGACAAGACUGCAAAGGCUCCUGUCAGCCAGAAGGACGGUGCCACCAAAGAGCUCGUCCAAACCAAGUCUUACUUUGAGACUUCUCAAUCUCCUUAUGACCUUCUUACCAAGAUGAUUAGCUUUUCAGAUCAUGCACAGCGGUCCAAACGACAAAGGAUCCCAAGCAUCAUGCCUAUUGGAAUCGAUAUCGAGCAACUGCGAGAGGAACAAGAGCGUCUUCUCUACAAUCGGAUUCAGGCUCGCAAAGCUGAACUUGCCACCCAGGUCGCAAAUAUUGCGACAUGGGAUACAAGUAAAUCAGCCGAGCCGCAAGCUGACGACAGCCUCAAGAUCAAGGCAUUGAUUGAAUUCAAGAAACUGAGUUUGGCACAGAAACAACGUGAUCUCCGCCGGGAACUCCAACAAGAUCUGUAUUAUUACGAUAAUCUAGCCAUGACGGCCAAUCGAUCUAUGCAUCGUAGGAUGAAGAAACAAUCACUGCGCGAGGCUCGGAUCACCGAGAAGCUUGAGAAGCAACAACGAGAUGCAAGAGAGAACAAGGAGAAGACGAGACAGUCUAAUCACUUGCAAUCCAUUAUCGCUCAUGGUCAAGAUCUUCGCGCCAACGCCACCAGCCAGCGUGGUCGUGUUCAGAAACUUGGCCGCAUGAUGGUAGCACAUCACCAGCAUAUGGAGCGUGAAGAGCAGAAGCGGAUUGAGCGAACAGCCAAGCAGCGGUUGCAGGCUCUGAAGGCCAAUGACGAAGAAACCUAUCUAAAACUACUUGGGCAAGCCAAGGAUUCACGUAUCACACAUCUUCUGAAGCAGACUGAUGGUUUCUUGAAACAACUGGCAGCUUCAGUCAGACAGCAGCAACGCAGCACUGCAGAGAAAUGGGGCCAAGAUGACUAUGAGGACGAGGAGGAAGACGAAGAUGGAUCUGACGACGAAGGCGGUGGAAAGGUCGACUACUAUGCCGUUGCCCAUCGUAUCAAGGAAGAAGUCACAGUCCAGCCCUCGAUCCUCGUUGGAGGAACCCUGAAAGAAUACCAAUUGAAGGGUCUCCAAUGGAUGAUUUCGCUGUUCAACAACAACUUGAACGGUAUUUUGGCAGAUGAAAUGGGUCUCGGAAAGACAAUUCAAACCAUCAGCUUGGUCACAUACCUCAUCGAGAAGAAGAAGCAAGUCGGCCCAUUUCUGGUCAUCGUACCUCUCAGCACCUUAACUAAUUGGAACCUCGAAUUCGAGAAAUGGGCCCCUUCAGUCAGGCGGAUUGUGUACAAAGGUCCUCCCACUUCCAGAAAGGCUCAACAGGCAAGCAUUCGACAAGGCAACUUUCAGGUGCUUCUGACGACCUACGAAUACAUCAUCAAGGACCGACCGAUUUUAAGUAAGAUCAAGUGGGUACACAUGAUAGUCGACGAAGGUCACCGCAUGAAGAAUGCACAAUCGAAACUCAGCAGUACCAUCACUCAAUAUUACACUACACGCUACCGUCUGAUUCUGACUGGUACGCCGUUGCAAAACAAUUUGCCCGAGCUGUGGGCUCUUCUCAACUUCGUCCUUCCCACCAUCUUCAAGUCCGUCAAAUCAUUCGAUGAGUGGUUCAAUACUCCUUUCGCCAAUACUGGUGGCCAGGACAAGAUGGAACUCUCUGAAGAAGAGUCACUUUUGAUCAUUCGUCGUCUGCACAAAGUUUUGCGACCAUUCCUCCUACGUCGACUGAAGAAGGACGUGGAAAAGGAUCUACCCGACAAGCAAGAGCGCGUCAUCAAAUGUCGUUUCUCGGCACUACAGAACAGGUUGAAUGUGCAGUUGAUGACACACAAUAAACUUGUCAUUGCCGAUGGCAAGGGUGGCAAGACAAGCAUGCGUGGUCUCAGCAAUAUGUUGAUGCAGCUGAGGAAAUUGUGCAAUCACCCCUACGUCUUUGAACCAGUCGAGGACCAGAUGAAUCCCAGCCGUGGCACCAAUGAUUCCAUCUGGCGUACAGCAGGCAAAUUCGAGCUUCUCGAUCGGAUUUUGCCCAAAUUUUACGCCACUGGACAUCGUGUUCUCAUGUUUUUCCAGAUGACACAGAUUAUGAACAUCAUGGAAGAUUUUCUACGUCUUCGUGGUAUUAAGUAUCUACGACUUGACGGAGCUACAAAAGCAGAAGAUCGCUCGGAUUUGCUGCGCGUCUUCAACGAGCCGGGAUCUCCAUACUUCUGCUUCCUGCUCUCCACUCGUGCAGGUGGUCUCGGUCUCAAUCUUCAGACUGCAGAUACGGUCAUCAUUUACGAUUCUGACUGGAAUCCCCACCAGGAUUUGCAAGCUCAAGAUCGUGCGCAUCGUAUAGGACAGAAGAACGAAGUCAAAAUUCUGCGUCUCAUCACCUCUAACUCAGUCGAAGAGAAGAUUCUAGAACGCGCCCAGUUCAAACUCGAUAUGGAUGGCAAGGUCAUUCAAGCUGGUAAGUUCGACAACAAAUCUACAGCCGAAGAACGGGAUGCAUUUUUGAAAACUCUUCUCGAAUCGGCGGAGGCUGCGGAGCAGGCUGCAGAACAAGAGGAGAUGGACGAUGACGACCUUAACGAAAUUAUGGCCCGCAGUGAGGAGGAAUUGGUUCUCUUCAAGCAAAUGGACAAAGAGCGUGAAGCCACCGACCCAUACGGACCUGGCAAGCCGUUGCCGCGUCUCAUGGGCGAGGAUGAACUUCCAGAGAUCUACAUGACCGAGGAGAAUCCUGUCCAAGAAGAGGUAGAAGAAUAUGCUGGUCGUGGAGCCCGAGUCAAGACUCAAGUCAAAUAUGACGACGGCCUGACAGAAGAGCAGUGGCUCGCUGCUGUUGACGACUCAGAUGACUCUAUUGGAGAAGCUGCAGCCCGCAAAGCGGCCAGAAUCAAGAAGAGACGUGAUAACAAAGCCAAACGUGAACGUGUCGCUGCAGGUGUCACAUCAUCACCGGAGCCUGAGCCAGAGAGCUCUGAAGAGGAAGAAGAACCGCCACCGAAGAAGAAAGGACCAAGAAAAUCAGUAGGGCAAAAGCGUAAAGGAGAUGAUAUUGAAGAAGAGACUCCACCAACGAAACGCAAGCGGGGCAGACAGCCCAAGGCGAUCGACAUUCUCAGUCCUUCAGACCGAAGUACGUUACAAAAAGCCCUCAAGGCAGUGUUUGGAUCGAUCAAGGCACUGGAAGUCCCCGACUCAGACCCAGAAGAGCAAUCAGACGACGAAAGCGAUGACGAGGCACCCACUCGGUUGAUCAUAGGGCCCUUCCUUGAACUGCCGCCCAGGAAGCUGUACCCCGACUACUACAACUUCAUUCAGGAUCCCAUCGCGAUGGAUAUGAUCGAGAAGCGCAUCAACAACCACCAAUACUCGACCCUCAAAGAUUUCAGUAACGACAUUGCACUCCUGGCGAGGAAUGCCAAGACGUACAACGAAGACGGAAGCAUGUUGUAUAAUGAUGCAAUUGCUAUUGAGAAUCAUUGUAACGAAGAAAUUGCAAAGCAAAUUGGUAACAACCCCAGCCUUGCCAGCAUCGGUGACAAAUCGGGCCAAGACGGCGAUUCCACUGCUGCAGGUUCAAGCGCCGGGACACCUCGAGGAUCGGUCGCUCCCAUGGGAACUACCAAGCUCAAGUUGACGUUGGGAGGUGGUGGUAGCAACGGGUAUGGAACUACAAGCGGUGCAGCAAGUGGGACGGAAUAACUGUACUAUUGUACCAUCAAUGUUUUGGAGAGGAACGCAUUGGCAUUAAACACAUUCGAGGCGUUCCGUUGCUAUUGCCAAAGCAUGGCUGGUCGGCUGGUUGGGAUCUGUCGAAGCAGGCAAGCAUUCUCAGGAGUAGGAUGAGAGUCAUCAGAACAAUCGAGACCUUGGAGUGAGAUGGAUUGUAUGUGUGUGUUGAUAAUUCAGAUGCUACAUCGUCCAUCAAUGUUAAAUUAGUUUGAACAUGAA